AUGUCCACAAAAUCGAGGGUAAUGGAUGAAUUGCCUGAAGAUUCGGAAUCACCAAUGCCAUCGUCGAUAUUUGAUAGCGACGAUGAUGACACCGAACUCAUAUCUCCACUCCUUCUACCAUUGACUGUAUCGAUCGAUGAGGAUGAAGGACAACUCUCUGCGCCGCAGACGAAUACCCCGGCCCAGCUCUCCAUACCGCGACCCAUCAUAUCGUCUGGGACAUCACCGCUGCUCCAAGCCGAGCUUUUGAGGCCCAUUUUUGCAGGCACGUACUUCAACGACCCAGCGUACCUAGUCCGGCUGCAAUUGCAAAUGUCUCUGCCAGGAGGUGACCGAAGUUGGCUCAGUCGUAUUCAGACGGCUGAAAUCCGCGUCCUUAUAGAAGAUGCGCCAAGGGAUGACGAACAAGGCGAGGAUGAUGAAGAAGACGAUGAAUCCAACGAAGACGAAAGUGAGAAGCUUUUGCACCCGGCAAUCGUCAAGGCAUUUCCCGGCCCCAGUGGUUGGAAGGGCUCACCACAGUCCGCCGAAGUGACAACCGAAAACAGUCUUGUCAUGCAGAUAGGCUACAAUUCCACAUCUAUCUCCUACAACCUCGGUGAGUCCCAGGCAUGGACAAAGACCAGGGCUAUCAAGGUCAAAGUGGCGCACAGGGGUCCAGGACGCAACAUUUUAUAUGUGCGGGUCGAGGAGAACGCCGUAGAUAAGGCUGGCGUGCCAGACUACCUUGUGGUACCCUUCAUUAUCACUCACCAGUCCCGUCGCUUCCGCAUGCGUGUCGCCAUCCACGCCCGCUUCGGCCUCUGGCGCGGCAAGCUGGCUGACGUGGUGCCCAUCCUUGGCCGUGCUGAUGAGCCCUUGUACUUUGACCCGUUGGUUAUGCGUCGUGUUAUGGAACAAGGUCGCAGGGGAGUUGAUGGGGAGAGGGUGGUCGAGUGGCGUGGUGCGCUGGACGAAGUCAUGCUGCAAGAGUACUCAUCGCUGGGUGAUGAGAACGCUGCCUAA